UUUCCCAUGACAUUCUCAACAGCACCUGCUCUACUAUUUGGUCUGGGCGUACGCGUUGCCCUCAACAAGUUCUCGAGCACUGCUGACGCCAGUGCUGACGAGGGUGUCAUCAGCGAUGUCAUUCUUCUCGGGGUCGUCCAAGGCGUCGCGCUAUAUUACGCUCUCAUGGAAUACCCUGAUUUCGCGUUCGCCGUUGCAUUCGGCAUCGCCGCCAGACUCGCUAUCGAGUUCAUGAUGCUCCAGGACGUCCCCAGGUGCGCGACCACCUUGCUCGGUGUCGCCCUUGGCGUCCUGGUCACCGACGUCCUAUCACAACUUAUCGAGGACGGUUACUUUUAUGACUUUCACGGAGACUCAGCUCGUGACAAAGAGAGCACGUAUACCCCAAAACGAAAACGUCUCGUUAAAUUCCAGUCUACUACAGAGUAUCAAGUGAUACCCCCCAGCCGACCCCCGCGCUCCCGCAAAAAUGAGCCAGAUCAGCGAUGGCGUACGCCACCUUCAAUGACUUCAACCAGUAGCAUCGAUCCCAACCACACCAUGAGCCCGCUAGAACGUGAAUUAGCGGCGCUACGUGCAAAGGCGUCGCUGGCAGAUAGUGAGAGAAGGCGGUUCAAGGAGGAAAAGAAGUGGGCCGAGUCACAGGGGAACGUCGCGCGGGUAUCCCAAAUGAGUUGGCAGGUGAAAAGGUACACUGCCCUGACGCAGAGUUUCACUCGGGAAGCAGAUGCUAGACUCCUUGAAGUGACUGCGAUGAAGCAGCAGCAACAGACUACUGCUGGCGCAAUUGCUCCACAGCCCUCAGACAGACAUCGGGUCGAUCGGCAUACGAAUCACUCUCGACAAACAACCCAGGAGGUUGUGAUUGAUAGACAGUCCACUGUAACAGUGGAUGUUCCAGGGAGGCAUCGGAGGCAGAGCUCCGGGAACUUGAAGUCUGCGAUGCGUCUUCAAGUACGAUAAUGACAUGAUGAGUACGAGUAAGUAAUAUACCCCUCCUCCGAUACUAGACCUGACACUGUGAAGAGAUCAUCUACAUUACGACCCUGCAACUGUCGCCGCCUAUUUUGCUUCAUUUCCUUGGGAGCUUUUCUAGGACUUAUGUGUAUCAUUAGAUGUGUCCCCGUUGGCAUAGUGGAGAGCCGUCAAUUCCGAGUCAAAUAUACCAUCUUGGUCAAAAUAGCAAUUAUAUUUCAUCUGUAUGUACACAGAAAAUAGAUUCCGUUAGCGUGACU